AUUUUGUUUCUUCUUGUGCAUAGGUUCAGUCUUCCAAUUGUUUUACAGCCGGCAAGUGCAUUGACCACAAAGCCAUACUGUGACACAAUAAGGCACAUAAACGCGACACACCGGCCGUUUCGUCUACGCACGUGUACAAACUCGGCGGGCUCCGAAAGGUCCGGCUUAAUUGCUGCGCUCAAACACAAAUGUGUCGUUGAAGUGACAGCAACAACGUCGCAGAAUACAGCAACUCCAAGUAGCGGUCAAACGUGUGGCAUUCACAACAACAGCAAACAGCAUGUUGCAGAAUCCUUCAAAAUAUCAUCCAAAUCCGUUUUCUCACUUAUUGGCCUUGCAUAGUUCUCAGGCUGUGGCAAAUAGUAACAUCACCGCUCACCAGGCGCAUUUGGCUGCGCUGCCGCCGGUCUUCGCUGCGCAAAGUCAACUCCAACUCCAACAUCAGCAACAGCAGUUACAACAACAACAACAACAGCAGCAGCAGCAGCAACACUAUCAUAAUCUACAUACAACAAUGACGGGCACUAAUCAACAGCAGAACAAUGCAUUUCUGCUACAAAAUCAUCCACCGCCCGAGCAGCAGCAACAACCUCAACAACAGCAUGCAAUUCACCCACUAUUAAAUUCAACACACACACGAACUCAAGAGCUGCUGGACACGACGAACACUUCCCUCGAUAUGGGAAAGUCAUUCACGAUUGCCGCCAUUUUGGGCUUGCAGAAGAGCGCAAUGGAGAACAGUUGUAAAGACUACAACAAUGCAAUCAAUUUGUCGCUGAACAGCAGCGAUGAUGACGUUGGCAAGGACUCUAAUGCCGGGCGAUCGGCGCAAAGUACUCAAAGCAAACAUUUCAGCGACGACGACGUGGACAAUAGCGAACGGCAAUCACAACAUUUGCAGACGUCAAAUGGUGCGGAUAAUGCCAUCAAGUCGUUGAAGUGCGACAGGAAUACCAAUAAUAUAUAUCAUCGCAAUGCCAGUCAUUUCGAUUGCAAUGGCAAUGCCGGCGCCGCACUGAUACACCGUUAUUUGCCUAUUCCGGUCACGUCUAAGCAAACCACGGCAGCGACAUCCUCGUUUGUGGCUGCAGCGGCGGCAGCCACACAACACCAUCAUCAACAACAACAGCAGCAGCAACAAAACCUUUUACUGUCGCAUGUCCGUUCAGUGGCAUCAGCAGCUGCUGCCGCAUCAGGUGGUACAUCGUCCGCGCUUCAGAGCUUGCAGCAGCUCCAUCAACAUCACGCCCAGCAAAGCUCUUUGAAUCUCCAACGUGAAAAGCACAAAUCAGAGAGCAAUGCAAAGAAGUCUUCUAUGAAAAACAAACGAGUUCGCACAAUAUUCACACCCGAACAGCUAGAGCGGUUAGAGGCUGAAUUCGAGCGGCAACAAUAUAUGGUCGGUCCGGAAAGACUUUAUCUGGCACAUACUCUACAGCUGACAGAAGCACAGGUGAAGGUGUGGUUUCAGAAUAGACGCAUAAAGUGGCGCAAACACCAUUUGGAAAUCACACAACAACGCCUGGCUCUUUUACGCCAAACGCAAUUGCCGGGUACAGCGGAGUCCCUGAGCGCUGGUAUUGCUGUCGGAACACCGACAUUAGCAAAUAAUGGCAUUCAGAAUGUUAAUACAACGAAUUUAGCCAACGAUGCGCGCACUUCGUCGCCGAUUAGUUGUGGCGUCGAAGACCCCGAUGAGCUUAGUAAACAAGGCGAGGAAUUUCAUUCUUUGAGUCGCGGCAGUCAUUCAAGUUCAGAAUCUGAUUUGUCGAUAUGUAAUGAUUCCCUUGACGCUGCUAGUGUGCUGGAAGGUGUUGAGGAUACAUAAGACAUGUGAUUCGGCAUACUCUGGAGGCUGUAUAUACUAACUAUUAAAUACUCGUUUACUCAUAUGGUUUAGAACAUAAAAUAUAUAUGUACGAUGUUCGUAUUGAAAGAUAUGCGAAAUGUAGUGAAACUGUUGUGUUGUUUGGUUUUUUCUAAAACAUUUUCGAA